AUGGUGGUUGACGUUGACCCCGAGCGCCACCAGCCAGCAGCUCCAGCGCCGGCGGCGGCCAUUCCGCCCACCAGAACCAGAACCAACAACUUGGCGUCGGCGGUCAAGGAGGCCAACUUCCUCUGGGAGCUGCGCAAGUACGUGCUGCUGCAGGCGACGCUCGCGGCAAGCAUCACAUACUCGGCGGGGAUGAGCCCGCCAGGCGGGUUCUGGGCCGACAACGACAGCAGCGGCGGCCGCCUCGCCGGCGACCCCGUGCUGCAGGUCACCUACCCGCGCCGCUACGCCGUCUUCUUCUACUUCAACGCCACCGCCUUCGUCGCCUCCGUCGUCACCGUGAACCUCCUCCUCGUGCACUUGCUGAGCCGCCGCCGCUGGUGGCUCCGCGCGCUCCAGGCCGCCAUGAUCCUCAACCAGCUCGGCCUCAUGGGGGCCUACGCCGCCGGCAGCUGCAGGGAGGUGGCCAUGUCCGCGUACGUCCUCGCCCUCGUCGGCAUGGUCUCCUCCUACGUCUGCGCCCACGUCCUGUGCUUCGCGCUGUGGGCACUGAGGGCGCGCCGUGGCGGCGGCGGCGGCGGCGGUGGCAAGGCCGCGGCGCCCGAAGCGGCAGAGGCCGUGGAGCGCGCGCGCAAGGACCUGCUCAUCUUCGCGACCUUGGUGGCGACGGUGACGUACGGGGCCGGGCUGAGCACGCCGGGCGGGUUCCUGUCGUCGGACAGCCCCGACGAAGACCACCUCGCCGGGGACCCCAUGCUCCGCGGCCACCGCUUCAUGGCCUUCUUCUACCUCAACACCACGGCGUUCGUCGCGUCUCUGGUCAUCAUCAUGCUGCUCAUGAGCAGGACAGUGACGCGCCAUGGCUUCCGGUCGUGCGCUCUCUGGGUGUGCACGGGCGCCGCCCUGGUCGGGCUCACCGGCGCCUUCGCCAUUGGGAGCAGCCGGAGCGUCAAGACUUCCAUCUACGUCGUCGCGUUGGUGGCAGCGGUUCUGCUCUACAUCGGCCUUCAGAUUCUGGUGUUCCUGUGCAAGCCUGUGGAGAAUUGGCUCGGCGAUGUUCAAGGAACACUGCAAAGAUUCCUGAAACUGGACCAAUUUCCACCGCAAGGUGAUGCUGAUGAGCAGGCUCAGGGAUUAUCUGACCAGCAAGGAAAUCUUGACGCCGAUCAGCUUCUGAAGAAGUCCCGGAUGUAUCUCCUCCUGCUGGGAAUUCUUGCUGCCAGUGUCACAUACCAAGCGGGACUGGACCCGCCUGGCGGCUUCUGGCAGAGCAAUGCCACUGAUGGUCUGCAUCACUACCUCGCCGGCGAUCCGAUCCUUCACAUCACCUAUCCCCGGAGAUACCUGGCUUUCUUCUACUGCAACGCGACAGCUUUCGUCGCAUCGCUGGUUAUCCUGAUCCUCCUCCUAAGCAGCACAUUCAGCACCCAAGGAAUCAAGUACUAUGCACUGCAGGUCGCCAUGAUCCUGGACCUUCUUGGGCUGAUUGGCGCCUAUGCUACCGGAAGUUGCAGGCAAGUGUCCAAAUCCAUGUACAUCUCGGUGAUUGUGGUUCCUGUGUUCCUCUAUGUCGGCAUCCAUGUUCUGGUAUUCAUGCUUGAAGUCUUCCCAAAUCAUGCCACAUGGAGGGAAAUGGUGAAGCACAAACUGGAGGAGUCCGUACCCGAAUGGCUCAAGAAGUUGUUUGAGCCACAGACUGAGGAGGAAGAUGAGGAAAUGAAAUGGAAAUUGGAGAAGAGCCGCAAACUUCUGCUGCUCCUUGCCAUUCUUGCAGCAGGCCUCACAUACCAGGCCGGCAUGAGUCCCCCGGGCGGCUUCUGGCAACAGAACAAGACAGGCCAUAUUGUUGGCAACCCAGUGAUCAAUGACAACUACCGACGUCGUUACCUGGCUUUCUUUUACUGCAAUGCAACUGCCUUCGUUGCAUCUCUGGCCAUCAUCAUGCUGCUGAUUAACAGAAAGCUUUCGACGAGGGGGAUACAGUCCAAUGCACUCAGGGUGUGCGUGAUCCUUGAUCUGGUCGGGCUCAUGGGUGCGUUUGCUGCAGGGAGCUCCAGGAAGGUAUCAACAUCCAUAUAUGUCUUCAUCCUGAUCUUUGCAGUUCUAAUAUGCAUCAUGCUCCAAGUUAUUCUGGCUGUGUCCAAGUCGGUUCAGGGUCUCUUGCAGAGACUCCUGUCCUUCUUCGAUGUAAUGGAGGACGAAGCUGGUGACACAUUGCCGCAUACAGCUGAUAAUGCAGAGGCACGAGAUCCCUGGUUUGAUAAGUUGCCCAAAUACUUGUUGCUGUUGGCUGCACUUGCAGCGGCUGUCACUUACCAAGCCGCCAUGAGCCCGCCCGGUGGGCUCUGGGGCGAUGGCCAAGCUGGCCAGAUAGCUGGUGAUCCGGUUCUUCGGAGCACCUAUCCACGCCGGUACAAGGCCUUCUUCUACUGCAACGCGACUUCCUUCAUGGCCUCUCUGGUGAUUAUGGUUUUGCUCCUGAUCAAAAGAGUGAGCAGCGCACAGUCGGCGAUCUUGGCACUGCAUGCUGCCAUGAUCCUGGACUUGUUUGGCCUCAUGGGUGCCUAUGCUGCCGGGAGUUGCAGGAGAGUCAGGACAAGUGCUUACAUCUUGGCAUUGGUGGUUGGGGUUUCCACAUACAUAGUUGUUCUUGUUGUUGUGUCCAUAGGUAUCGCAAAAUGGAUGAAAAGAGUCAUGUAUGGGAUGAGAGAACAGCUGAUCCGGUGCUUCUCUGUAGAAGAUUUGUAG